AUGAGGCCAGGGUUCAGUCCCAGAGGAGGAGGCCGCGGCGGCUUCGGAGGCAGAGGUGGUUAUGGAGACAGAGGAGGAUUUGGAGACAGAGGGCGAGGAGGCUUCAGAGGAGGACGGGGAGGUGGAGGCGGCAGUUUCAGGUCUCCAGACGGUGGUGGGUUCCGUGGGCGCGGUGGAGGAAGAGGCACUCCCAGGGGCCGUGGGGGCAGAGGAGGUGGCAGCCGCGGGGGGAGAGGAGGCUUCGGAGGUGGAAGGAAAGUCCUGGUGGAGCCCCACAGACAUGAAGGUGUGUUCAUCUGCAGAGGGAAGGAGGACGCUCUGGUGACCAAGAACAUGGUGGUGGGAGAGUCCGUGUACGGGGAGAAGAGGAUGAGUGUGGAGGAAGGAGAAACAAAGAUUGAGUACAGAGCGUGGAACCCUUUCCGCUCGAAGCUGGCAGCUGCCAUCCUCGGAGGCGUGGACCAGAUCCAUAUUAAACCAGGGGCCAAAGUCAUGUACCUGGGGGCCGCCUCUGGAACCACAGUGUCCCACGUGUCGGACAUCGUCGGCCCGGAGGGGCUGGUCUACGCCGUAGAGUUCUCUCACCGAUCGGGGCGAGACCUCCUCAACGUGGCCAAGAAACGCACCAACAUCAUCCCCAUCAUCGAGGACGCCCGCCACCCGCACAAGUACCGCAUGCUCGUCGGUAUGGUGGACGUGAUCUUCGCAGACGUGGCACAGCCGGACCAGACCAGAAUCGUGGCUCUGAACGCUCACAACUUUCUCAAAAAUGGUGGACACUUUGUCAUCUCCAUAAAGGCCAACUGCAUCGACUCGACGGCGGCGCCUGAGGCAGUGUUUGCGGCUGAGGUGAAGAAGAUGAGCUCUGAGAACAUGAAGCCCCAGGAGCAGCUGACCCUGGAGCCGUACGAGAGGGACCAUGCGGUGGUGGUGGGCAUCUACAGACCACCUCCAAAGCAGAAGAAGUGA